UCGUGUGACUCAGCCCGGGCCGGACUCAGGUUUCCCCCCGCCUCCCCCCGGAUCUCCUCCCUCUCCGGCAUAGUCUAGGGCCGGCGGCUCCAGUCCCACCCACACUCGCUGCGCCUCGGUCCCCGCACGGCUGUUCCGCUCCUGCGCUCCCAGCCAAGGCUCAAGAGACCCACGCAAAGAUGCCGUCUCAGAUGGAACAUGCCAUGGAGACGCUGAUGUUCACCUUUCACAAAUACGCCGGCGACAAGAACUACCUGACGAAAGAAGAUCUCCGGGUGCUGAUGGACAAGGAGUUCCCUGGGUUUUUGGAUAACCAGAAAGACCCCAUGGCCGUGGAUAAAAUCAUGAAGGACCUAGACCAGUGCCGGGACGGCAGAGUCGGCUUCCAGAGCUUCUUCUCGCUAGUGGCUGGGCUGACCAUCGCGUGCAACGACUACUUUGUGGUACACAUGAAGCAGAAGGGGAGAAAAUGAAGAGGUGACCGGAGACGCGCCCUGCCUAACUCCUAAACCCCGAGCCCUAUAAAGGGGGCCACGUCGCAGCCUGGAUCUGAGCUCCCAGCUGGCCAUUGAUACCAAUGGAAAGUUGGGCGCGUGGAUCAAGGACACAAUGUGAUCCUCCGAAUGUGCAAAGAGACUCCCGAGUCGCCGUGUAACAGGCACGAGAGAGUCGGCUAUCUCCGCCCCAGAGCAGCUUAUGGUUUUUAUAGUGUAUCCAUGCCUUGCCCUACAAUAAAGAAUCCCUCCCUUUGUUUUUUUUAAAUCCUAA